AUGACUCUCAAAUAUCGCCCUAGUGGUCCUCAGUGCCAGCAAGUCUGGCUCACAGUCACUAUUGUCAUCCUCUGUACCCAGCUACAAGUAGCUGAGAUGACACGAAAGGUCAAAUCAGUGAUGGCAGGCACAAGCUUCAAGGAAGCAACAUUCAAUGAAGCUGCAAAAUAUAUUGAGAGCUUGAGGACAGUUGGGCCUGUGAAGACUGGGGCUCAUUGUAAGAAUAAAUGGGCAAUGGCUGUCAUUGAGACAAUGAGCGCAGGGCCAACAUUGAGGGGCCUGCUGCUGAAGCUGUAUGGGAGGACCCAACUUCCCCAUGAAGAGUUUCAAAAACUGUGGCUGGCCAUACCAUUCCAAGAUAGAAGAAAUUCUGCCCCACCACAGCUCUGCAUGAGUACUAGCAGCACACCUUACAGCACUGACAACAGUAUGUCAGAUGUCAAUUAUGAUGGCAAUCCCAAUGACAGUGGCAUUGGUGCCAUGUACCAGCAUCAUUUUAUUCACCUCAUUCCUAGCAUGGCCUGGCUGGAGAUCAGUUGGGGUGUUCCCCCUCCCCCCAAUCCUGCAUUUGAAGAUUAUGGCAGCUCUACAAUGGCAGCCCCUCCUACUAUGUUUUCCCACACUUCUACCUCUGCCUUGUCUGCCCCCACUAUGUCUGCCCCUUCUAAGUCUCUCCCUGCUAUGUUUGCACCUAUGUCUGCACCUAUGCCUGCCCCCCCUAUGCCUGCACCUAUGUCUGCCCCCCCUAUGUCUACACCCAUAUCUGCCCCCACUAAGUCUGCACCCAUGUCCUCAGGCUUGAGCGCUGGCAACUCCCCCUUUGACCACCUACACUUCGGUCUCACAAUUGACGAGGCUGGAAUCAGAGAAGAAGCCAAGGCUGUCAACAAUGAGUGGCAAGACACACCGCUGUGUUGA